UGUGCUCGUAAAUCUGUGGGACUUUAAAACUUUUUUCUCUGCUCUCUUGCCAGGGUCAUCUCAGAUAGUCACGAACUAUCUGCUCCCCCAGGCAAUACUUAAAGCUUCAAUACUUAAAGCUUUGACUGUUGCUUUGAGGGUAUAGUUCAAACUUGGGCUUCGACAUUCAGUCAAUCAGCAGCAGAGGCAACAGCUAUACACACAUGAGAGCCAAGGCACAGAGAAAACUAUGAAAAAGAUAUAUAUUGGCAAAACAGCCCCCAAAACUCAGAGAAAUGGUUGCAAACAUCCGAAAAGAAGCUCUUUCCACGACCACAAGGAUGACCUCCGCAAGCGCCUGUCGUACACCACGCACAAACUAGAGAUGGUCGAAACGGAGUUUGAAUCCACUCGGCAGUACCUUGAGACAGAGCUGCGUCGGGCUCAGGAAGAGCUGGAAAAGUUCACUGAGAAGCUACGAAGGAUCCAAAGUAGCUAUGCUGCUCUUCAGAGAAUCAACCAGGAUUUGGAGGAUAAAAUGUGCAGGACGUCCCAGCUCCACGAUGAGGAGAAGAGAGCCCUUAGCAGAGAAAUCAUUGUUCUCAACAACCAUCUCAUGGAGGCGAAGAUCACCAUUAAUAAACUCAGAGAGGACAACGACCUGUACAGGAAAGACUGCAACCUGGCAGCCCAGCUGCUGCAGUGCUCCAAGUCACACUACAGAGCACACAAGCUGUCGGAGUUACCACCAGACUUCCAAGAGCGCAUCAGUUCCCAUAUGGAGAAACAAAACCGGGGUAGAGGAGCCACCAUGGCAAUGUGCUACCCCAGUUACCCCGAAGCGGUGCCCACAACCAUUAUUGCCAAGGUCCUGGAAAAGCCAGAACCAGGGAGCAGCUGCCCUGUGACCCGCUCGCCGAGCCCUCUGCCCCAGGACAGAGACUUUCUGACAGGGACAGGGAGCACUGACCACCUAAACCGCCGCAUUUCAUGCAAGUCCUCUGACCUGUACUGUAGUGACACGGCUCUCUAUUGCCCCGAGCGAUGGCAGGACACGGAGCGCAGGCAGAGUGCUGACCUCCAUGGCACUGGCCUGCCACAGCUCCACUCUCAAAACUCCGUAGAGAGUAACCCAGAUGAAGAUCCUUUCCAGUCUGGAAACUUCUCCCACCACGAGGGCUCGCCCUCCUUCCACCACCAUAAUGAAUUUGGUACUGGUAGUCUCCCUGCCUCCAGUUCCUACUCCAGCUUCAGCCUUGCAUCGGAUGACAAGGGAGCAGUUAGUGGUGGAUGUGGGCCUACCGCCAACAGCACCUUAUCAUCUUCCCACCAGGGUCUAUAUAUGGACUGGAGGAACGGUGGCAGUGGAGACUAUGAGCGCAAAAGUAUGUCCUCAUACGACAAAGACAGCCCAGGUUUUUCCAAGGCUCACAGCAUCCAGCACAUGGUGACCUCCAGAAGCCCGCAGAAGGGGACUUCAACGGCGUAUACGAGGACGGGCUCAUGCUUCAGCGAGCCGUACCACUCCAGCGCCCCGCGCCUCGCCUCCUCCCACAGCGCCGGUUCCACGACUGGACUGAGCCAAGCUCACGGAAGAGCUCUGGACAGCCGAGGUAACAUGCAAGUCCCCGAAGACGACCUGAGCAACAGCUGGAGGCAGCUCAGCGUGGAGGACAUCAACACCUUCUCGUCGUCCUACCACAACAUCGCGGGGCGGACGUCUCCGUACAGUUUCUCUGAGCGCCAGUUCGCCAUGGGUCCGUCCAGCAAAGUCAAGGAGUCCCUCUACAGCAGCUUCCAGGAAGGAGAUGACGUCUUCCACAGCCGUUUGCUGGACCAGUGCUUUGCGAUGGGCUCCCCUUCGCCAAGUCGCAGCCCUAAACCGAAGGAGCAUCUCCAGCAGGAGAAAGCCUCUCUCAUGUACAGAACCACGGAUGACAGUCAAGACUCCGAGUGCAGUCUGUUCCUCUCAGGGAGCUCUAAAGGCAAGGAGGGCGGCGGGGGAGCGACGGCUACAAGCAGUGCCAAGAAGGACUACGCAAACCUGAGCGCAGACAGCUCAGCGGAGUCCUUACACCAAAGCUCGCUGGAAGCGUCAAGCCUUCAGCACUACCCGAGCACCAGGCCGAGCUCCAGGCAGAACGUCCGGCCGCGUCCGAGCUCCAGCUCCGCUCUCAACGUCGGCCCCGCGCUCCCAAAGAAGACCUCUCCAAGAUACCAAAAAUUCGGCAGCACGGGGCUGACGAGGAAGGACAGUUUGACCAAGGCGCAGCUAUACGGGACGCUUCUCAACUGAGCGGUGACGGAGUUCUUCAUUUUAUGCAUGAUGAUGAUGAUUCUUGACUUACUGUACUGUACUGCAUCAUGUCUCCCUGCAGCAAACAUGUACUCGUGAUGGGAUGUUAAGAUGUUGUUGUUUUUCUGUAUCUUAGCCAAGGCACGUUUCAUGCAGUCCGCAACAUUUUUAUGUGAGUCUUGACACAGUGUAGCUACCUGAUACCAGCUAUUAAGUAUGUUUUUGUUUCAGUAAGACACACGUUAGGAUUAAAACCACGAGUCUGGCUAAUGGUUCAAUUUUGGUGUUGAGCACUGUUAACAAAACCAGCACAAGACCAUUGAUGGUAGACUACAGCAUGUGUACUGAUGUGGUUCAUCAUCGGUGGACCAUUUGAUACAAAGAUUUAUCCAUUUUCCAUUUAAAAAAAGCAUGCAUAUAUUAUAUAAGACAGGAAGAUGCAGUUGAGACUUAUUUAUCUAUAAGGCUCACAUAUAGGAAUGAAAGAUUUUCAAACUCUUUCAACAACACAAAUGGCAUAUUCACACACAGACACACACACAUAUAGUACAGUAUGGUAAAAUAUAACAAUGUCAACCAUAUGAAUCAUAUAUAAAGUAAUGCUAAGAAAUGAAAUAGUGAGAAAAUCCUAAAAUAAUAUGACCUUAAACAAAACUAUGUACACAGAUAGUACAAAUGUCUACAGAAUGCACUGUCAAUUGAAAGAUGAAAAAAAAACACGUUUUUUUUAUAUUUUACAAAGCUAGAGUUUUUCACAUUUUUGUAUCAAAGUGAGUAGAUGAAGUUGGGGGUUGUACUGCACUGUAGAACCAGGACACUUGUGAAGUUGCCUUAAAUCUGUUCAGUGGGCAGAACGGUCUCCUUUACGGCAUCUGUGUACAUAAUGUAUAUCUGAAGUAUUGUUUCUGUCUAUAAACAUUAAUAUAAAAAAGUGUAUCCUAUCUGGUUAGGUAAACAAAGAAACACACUUGCACAAAUUAGUUUCUCAAAUAAUUAACCCUGUUUUCAUAGAGAAUUUUUUUUUUGUGAUUUGCUUCAGAAAAAGGUGUUCUUAAACCAAUAUAUCAAACACUUGCUGCCAAAUUUCCACAUUAAAUCACUGCUGGCAGCAGACGCGCUACAAAAAAAUGCUGGUUUCUCCAGUUAUGUGAGAUUAACAGAAAAUUGCUCAAUGCAAAUAUAUGUAAAGAAUGUGUAAAAUAUGCACUCAAUGUGUUUUCUAAAACCAGCAUGCUCACUAAGGAUUUUCAGUGAAAAUUUCACGAAAACAGUGAAAAGCGUCUUAAUACUUUAAAUUAGCGGAGGAUUAGUGGUGAAUUGAAAAUAAAUAAAUAAAAUGAGGAACAAAAGAGACGUUAUCCUGCUGCCAAACUAUCGUGCGACCAUCUGUUACUCUCACACUGGAGGGAGCAAAAUGCCAAAAGCCCAACAUCUGUUCUAGCAAACCUAUCUUUGUGCCUGUGUGGCUCCAUAGUUUCAAAAGACUGGCAACAGGCAUCGUGUUAUUAACAGGAACGCAGCCUCGUUUUUUCUUCAUGAUGGACUGAUUUCAUUUCGGGAUGCCAUUAUUCUACCUCUCCCAUUCCUGCAAAUCUCAGACCCGACUUAAUGCUGUUUUGACACUGUAAGAGAGAAACUGCACAUUGAACGCAUCAAAAAGCCUCCAGUCAUUUGUUAAAUUGGUAUGUUGAGGGACUACCAGGAUGAAGUAGGAUAAGAAUCGAUUGUAGUGGCUGUACAGAGGGGAUUGUUAAUUUUUGUUGCGGACCUUUAUAAAAUGAGAUGAUCCAUAUACAGUUCUUAUGUCUAUUUUUAUCUAGUUUCAGUUGAUGUGAUAUUGAUAGAGUGAUUUGACCCUGAAGGAUGAAGCUGAAGUGGUUCUGUCCUGCUCUACCUCCAGCCCUGUACCAGGACCAGCAGGCCAGCUGUCUCUGUGUUCACAUGUUUGUUUGUCUGAUGCAUGGUUGUAUAUUUUUUGCUGUAUGUUCAUUUACUUAAUAAAGAUAGGUGUUGGGAAAUACAUUU